CUGACGCUUGUUUACGACUUCACGCUCUUAUUAAACCUCACGACCAAUUUUUAUCCAUUCCACCGUCUCACCAGUGCUGCUGCGUCUCCUUGAAGUUCACUGUCUUGCUUUGUACCCCUGUGCCACCCACAAUCAUGACCCUUCUGUUCAGAAACAUCCGGCUUUACACUUACAUCGCAUUGUUUGCGCUUACGGGAACAGUCCUAGGAAUCGCGGCCCAGCUCGCGAGCGUGUUCCUUCCCAAUCUGCAUCAUGACUUUACGAUAUACUCUCUUGUGUGCCCGUCUGUCACGAUAUUCGUGCUCAUUCUGCUGGUUAUACAUUCACAACCACGGAUUGAAGCGUUUAUAUUCCUUCUCUUGGGUAUUCUUUGGCUGACUCUGGCCACGUGGCAAUCGGAUGUAAUCGGUCCCAUAGAAUGCUUUGCUUUGUCAGGCCAGACCACACAGGCUAAGAACGGUGGAACAUUCAAUGCUCAGCAAUACUGCUAUGAGUCCAAGGUCAUCGAAGCAUUUUCAUGGGCAAUGUUCUGUCUCAUCCUUCUUACAUUCCUCUUCGUCAUCACUCUGGCGAACAAGGCCCGAGGACUAGGACGUGCCUAUGCAUGGAGCGAAGACAUCAACGAACUACCAUGGUUCCACGAAUACCAAGGAUUCCCUCAAGCCAACGGAGCAUACCCGCAGUACGCACCACAGCAAGUGCAGGGCUACCCAUACAACAUCAAUGGCCAAGUCGUACAGCAGAUGCCAGGACACAGCUUGGUCAUUCAGCCUGGAGUGAAUGGCGCUCCUGCGACGGUGCAACAGAUUCCUGGUACUGUCCAGAGCUCCCAAUAUUAGGCGCUUUUUCAGUCAGGUGGUAUAGAGCUGGGCCUUCUCUGUUUGUAUUUUCAUUCUCAUCCAUCUCUCUCGGACUUUGCGUUCCCUCAAAUGUACAAAAGCCUCAUACACUGUGCGUUCUGCGUUUUUUCUUGGAUUAUGAAACCGUGACCGCGGCUGCGCUGACAGACCAGCUGCAGCAGCAUGCCGAAGUCGUGGAUCUCUGUUCGUAGGCUGACACACCAUGGAAUGAUCACAUCUAAUUCCAAAGCCAAACGCACGUUAUCCUGCCCGCCCUAUUAUAAUAUCUUUGCGUCACAAGACGCGUGUUUGCCUCAUGUCUACCUGGCCUUUUGCUUCAUGGCCAGAUGGGCUUGAUAAAGCAAAGUCUCCCAGAAUUCCGCGCUCUUCACUGCUGAACCCCC